AUGAGACUAGUUGGGUUGGUAUUGUUCGCUAAACUUGCAGGGUAAAAGGAGUUAUACCAAAAGAGUGAAGACUGUCCAGACGGCUCUAUCGAGAAACAGCGCCCAACCGCGCAGUCCGGCUGGCCGAGGAACGAAUGUUCCGCGCUCGGCCAAAGUGUCCGUCCGACUGAAGUCUCGGCCAAAGUCCAAACCGACCGGCCGAUCACGCAUCACGACCCGGGAAACUUGCCCGCGGUCGGCCAAGCACAACCACGCCACGCCGCGCACGACCAAAGCGCGCGAGCCGGGAAAACGCCUCGCGGCCGCGCAACGCUCGCGUACCACGGCCGAUGCAUCCGUCCGAGCCGGGAAAGAACGUCCCGCGUCCGGCCGAGAAUUUCAUCGGCCAAAUCUAUCCGCUCGACCACGCCGGCCGACCGUGAAUCCGUCCGGCCACGACCGUUCCGACUCGGCCGAUCCCGACCGACCGUCCCAACGCCGCGGUCGACCCGAAGCCCUUUUUGA